AUGAACUUGUCACACUGCAGCACUUCUGCAUAUAUUCUGAAUUCUGUUUUCUUGCUCCUGUGCGUUUACACAGCUCUGUUCAGUGCUGUCUUCUUGUGGGCUCACUGGAAGUACCAUAAAGGUCUGGAAGGAGCAGUUCACCGUGCAGCUGCACGUCAUGAUGAUUUGGAGGACAUCAGAGAAAAUAUCCUCAACUACGAUGAAGAAGGGGGUGGGGAACAAGACCAAGAUGCAUACAACAUGGCAGAACUGCAGGUGUCUAUUCAAACCAGCCCAGCCUAUUCCCUCUACAAGAAGAAAGUAAAAACAACAAAACUGAACAGCUUCUUUAGUGCUGCAUCUCCAAGCGUGCAGGAGCAGAGCAGAACAUCGGUGACUAUACAAACAUCUUUUACAAGCAGAGCCUUUGGACAGUACGUGUCAGAUGUUGUUCGAGAUGCUGACCACGGUCCCCAGGCUGUUCCCCAUGACUCACUGCAGGUGUUUCACACUGAAGGAGAAGGCUCAGUCGCUAGUGGUCUCAGUACCUUGAGCUCUUCUGAGCCAGAUGAGGCCAUAGUGUAUGACAACAUUAAAGAGUGGGGACCAAAGUUCGAGAAAUUAAGUGAACUCUACUCACAUACGGAUGCAGAAGAUCGGUAGAUACCAGCUGUAUUUUUUUCAAAGUGUUUGGAAGGGAGUGUGAAGGACAGCUUUUCAUGCUCUUGCUGCUUAUUUUCAAUGAUCAUGUACCAAUGCCCUUCCUCCUUCUUUUAUUUUUUAUUUUCAAAACAGCUUUCCCACAAAUGGGCACCAAUUUGCACUUAAUUUAAUAGUAGGAGCUGUUGGGCUCUGAACAUUUACUUUUGGGAGAAAAACUAAAGGAAAGAAAGCGUAAAACAAUGAGGUACUUAAAGUGAAGAAAUUCAAUGGUUUUGCUUGCAGUUGAAUCAGUAGCUGCUUUGGGGAAGUCUGGCUUUUAUUUUUAUUUUAUAGGCUAGAUUUACUUGCAAAUUUUCAAAUGAUAAAUGUUCAUGCAGAAUUUUGUUCUUGCACAUGUUUGUGAGACAGUUUCAACUAAUGGUUGCACAUUUCAGAUAACAUGGCAUUUUGUCUGGAAAAGGUAAAGGCUAUUUUUACCCAUGCCUAGUAAUUUUGAUUCACAGAUGGCAUACAAGUUAUAUUAUUGUUUUCCUGAUACAUCUACCUGUGGGGAAACACUGGCUAAUGUCUUGUAAUGGUCAAAAGUCAGGUAUGUCAGAUUCUAUAGUUCAUUACAGUGCAGUCACAAACAGUGAACGAAAAAUGAAGUAAAUAGAAACUAUGCAAAAAAAAAACAAACCACAAAAAACAACAAACAAAGAACAACAACAAACUAUCCCUUCCUCAAGCAGCAUUAAUUGUAUCUGCACACCUUGUGUUCUUGCCACUAUGGAUAUAAUGUCAUUUUGGUCGCUUUUAAUUUAAUUUAGCUUGUAAGCUCUUUAGGGCAAACAAUGUCUUUUUAUUUGCCUGUGCAGUGUCAUGCAUACCUAAAGCACCAUAUAAAUAAUAAAUAAGCCUUCUGAAUUUUAUGUCUCUUCCUUGCAUGUGUUUAAGGUCGACUAAAGUUUAGACUCCUGUUGAGUUAUUCCUCACUCAGCUUUGAUCAGUCACUUCUACAGACACAUUCAAGGACCCUUUUCUGGCUCAGAGGGAGCUGAGGGAAGCAGCUGAUGCUACUAGCUGACAUGUGGACUCAAGCUCUGGGUAUUCAACUCAGACAUUACAUCUGAGUUUUCCAUACAGGCUGCUGCAAGCUGACUGGGGCAACAGGCCAGUAUUAUUCUCAGAAACAAAGACUUCUUGCAGUUAUUCUAAGAAUAAAAUUAUUAACUUUGCACGCAAUAGAGUUAUUCAUGCUGUACUCCUCACAGGCCUCACUCUACAUUCAACUCUCAGGCUAGGAUUCAGCAGCUGAGAUGCAGACACAGUGUGCCCUGUCACUCUGAGCCUAACAUUCACCAUGUGAACAGGACAUGGACCUGUACAAAAGGCAGAUGGCAACAGAUCGCCAGGUGUAUUAGGCAGGACAAAUGACAACAAAUCCAAUACAUCUCAAAACACUCCUGUCAUUUUCUUUCCUCUUCUUCCAUAUCCUGUAAUCUUCAUUCUCGCAUGAAUGCCAAGUUGAGAUUUUAAACAAAAUGCCAUGAACAGCAAAUUCAUUGCAGUUAAGCAAAUCCCUGAGCUUCUCAGAAAAAUUACAAACAUGCUCACCUUUCCAAGAAAGUGCCCAAAUAAUUUGACUACAGGAUGUAGUGAGAAGGAGAGCUCAGUCCCAUUGAAGCUCUUAGACAUCUAUGAAGUACUUAAAUGGUCUUUGGGUGGAGUAAAAGCAAGCCAGACGAGAACUUUAUAGCCAGGUCACCACAUGGGCAGCUAGGUUGCUCAGUCACAGCGUUGCUCAGGUUGAGAAGUCUCUCAUUUCCAUUCCCAAAGAGGCAAUUUGAAAGCCGAACUGAAGUUGCUGCUCUACUACUGCUAUCCCAAUUCCAGCUAUGGUACUGAUUUGUAAAUAAAUCAUAAAUAAACACUCAGAGUUAAUCUGUUUGGAACUGCAGUUUGACAAAGGUUUUUACAGAAUGAAACAAAAAGGUCAGAAAAAAACAUUUCAAAUGCUACAUGAACUUAUGUAUGUAGAAUCUCAGCAUGUACUCAUUUGGAGCUGUCAUGCUCUAUUAAAGACCUGCUUUCCUUGUUUCUAGAGAUUGCUAAUUAGUUCAAUUAAUUUAUGUCUUAAUUUGCAUGUUGUUCUUAUAAUUACCAUGCAGUUUUUCAAAGCACUUGUUCCACAUAUAUAAGACACAAGAAUUUCAGUUCCUCUACAAAAACCCUUAUCAUAGUACAGCAGAAACAUCUCUCCAGAACAAGGGCCAGCUGGCCUGCCAACAGGAAGCUUUGCAAUGAGUGAGGGGGAGAAAAAAAUUUAAAUAAACAUCACUAGGUCCCUAGGUAGUUGGAUUUUCAGUAAUCUGGUACUUCUAUUAAUCUUCUUCCACAUUCUUUACAGAAUUUAACAUGUAAAGAAGGUUUUAUUUAGUAUAUUUGUAAAGGUCUGAAAUUUAAAUAAUCAUGUGGAUAUUAGUAUUUAAUCUGCCUGCCAACUGCAUUAAUCUUCGUGUUUUUUCCCUUUUAACAUAACAUUCCAAGUAUGUAACAUGUAGCCAAGCCAUAUGAAAGCUGAUUGUUCCUUAGGUCUGACCUACUGGCUAACAUGCUUAGAAGAAAAACCACAGCUGUGAAAGAAGCAGGGUUAGGAGAGGAGGAGCAAGCUGAGCAAUUUCUUACUUGCUGAAAUGACAAAAAAUAAAAUAAAAUAAAAUAAAACAGCCAUGACCAUUUCCUGGAGACUUGAAUAGCGUGCGCCUUCUUGCUGAGUGCUGUUGAUGAAUAAAGAUGUUUUGAGAAACCUGCUUCUCUGGAACAUGGAAUCCUAUCCACACAAGCACAGCAUGUUAUGAUUACAUUCCAUUAAUUAAUUGUACUUAACAUUGGUGACAAUACUCUCAGAAAACUCCUUCUAAGAGUACUACUAUACAUGUGAAGAUGCCUGAGAAAAGUAGAAACUUGUGAAAAUUCUUUUCUCCCCUUAGU